AUAUGAGAGAGUGGCCAUCCGAGAGUGCAAGAGAGAUUGUGGGUAGCAAUUGCUCAUGGCUGAAACUUUUAUCAGAACCAACUCGCACUAACUCAACUCAACUGUCCGGAAAACGUUGCCGGAGUUUGUUGGCCGUCACAAACAGGUGUAGAGAUAGGAGAGCAAAGACUGUCGCUUGAGGAGUUUAACGACGGUUGUGGUGAAGGUAAAGAUCGUAACAUCAGCUCAUUGAUUGGCUUUUGACGAGAAGAACCUAGAAAUUGGGCGUUGAGUUUGUUUAGAUUUUGUUUGGUCCGUCCAUCGGUAAAGUCCAAGGAAAAAGUCUUCAAGAUACCAGCAACAAUGAUGUCCACCAAUUCCCUUUCUUCAUGUUCAUUUCGAUUAUUCUCGACCAAAUUCUCACUUUCUCUCUUCAACAAAAAAAACUCUACUUUCUUCAUUAAACCCACAAACUCCCUCUUCUCUUUCAAACCCAUCACCUUCCAAUCACUCCCAACAAAACCACAACCACCAUCAUCGUCGUCGUCACCACCGCCGUCCACUUCCCUUCAACCCAUCGAGGAACUCCCUCCAAAGCUUCAAGAAAUUGUAAACCUCUUCCAAUCCGUGCAAGAACCCAAAGCCAAGUAUGAACAGCUUCUCUUCUACGGCAAAAACCUCAAACCCCUCGAAUCCCAAUUUAAAACUAAAGACAACAAAGUCGAAGGUUGUGUCUCUCAGGUUUGGGUCCGAGCCUACUUGGAUGGUGACAAAAACGUUGUCUAUGAAGCUGAUUCGGAUUCUGUUCUCACCAAAGGCCUCGCUGCUUUACUUGUUCAAGGCUUUUCAGGUCGACCCGUUAAUGAAAUUAUCCGGGUCACACCCGAUUUUGUAAUGCAUCUUGGGUUGCAACAGAGUUUAACCCCUUCUAGAAAUAACGGGUUUUUGAAUAUGCUCAAAUUAAUGCAGAAAAAAGCACUUAUGCUUUAUGUGGAAGCUGAAAAGGGUACUUCUGAAUCUGACUCAAUUGGAAAUUCUGAUUUAAAAAAUGAUAGCUUUGUUGAGAAUUCAAGUGGCCCUUCUGUGACCCCAAGUUUAGGUGUUGAUUUUGGUUCUGAGGUUGAUGAUGAGAAUGUUGAAUUGGGAGGGAGAGGGAAGAGGAUAAAGAAAAAGCUUGAAAAGGAACUUCAGCCUAUUGAGUUGGAAGUUGAAGAUGUGUCUUAUCAACAUGCUGGACAUGCUGGUGUUAGAGGGAGCGAUGGUGAGACACAUUUCAAUGUUAAAGUGGUUUCUAAAGAGUUUCAAGGGAAGAGUUUGGUUAAGAGGCAUAGGCUUAUUUAUAGCUUGCUUCAAGAUGAGUUGGAUUCUGGACUUCAUGCUUUGUCUAUUGUUGCCAAGACGCCUUCUGAAGUCGGUGAAGGAUGAAAUUAAAUAUUCGGAAGAGAGGUCAAAAUUUUCUCCUUUGUCUCAACUGUGUUUGAGAAUGUACUUGUUUUGCUUAGUGAAUCAAAAGGGUAACUAUACUUGUUAGAUUACUUGUUUUGGUUUGAAUAUAGUGUCUUGUCUCAUUAUACUGAUGAAAUAAUUCAUUUUGCUGAUGGCAUUUUCAAUAUUUGAAGGGUUUCUGUAAAUUUAUAAAGCUCAAAUGGUAUGAAUCUAGAGGUAAUUUUGUCAUUGAAAAUUAAGGAGGAUAUGUGGCUUUUACAAA